AUGUGCCACUUUCAGGUCUCCUCACACUGCUGGUGGGUUCCAUUUUGUCAUAGGGUGCUGGCAGAUUACGGGCCUCCCAUUGCUGCUGCCAGGCCCGUAAUCUGCCAUGGGCCCCUGUACCGCCUCCUCAUGCUGCUGCCAGGUCCAGAGUGUGUCAUGGGUCCCUGUACGGCCUCCCAUUGCUGCUGUCUCCAUCGCCACACUCUGCCAUGUGCCACUUUCAGGUCUCCUCACACUGCUGGUGGGUUCCAUUUUUUCAUAGGGUGCUGUAUGGCCUCCCAUUGCUGCUGCCUCCACCGCCACACUGUGGCUCCACACUCUGGUUUUGGCCCCGUGACUGCCCAAAUGAGUGAAGUGUGCGGUGAUUCUAAGAUCGACGGCACUCAUCUGCAUGUCAUACUG